UGUGCUCACCUCUGGUCUUGUGGUAUAUUUUGCUCUCUGUUCCUACAGGCAACAUUUAGCCUGACCUCACCAGGAUACAUGCCUUGGGGCCGGCACCAGCCGUGCCAUGCAUCUGAGGGCUGUUGCAGUUGGUGCCCAGUUCUGGGGGUGAGGAGAAGAGCCAGUGACCGUGCUGAGCCCUCAUGCAGUGCCCGGUGCUGGAGUGACUGUGUCUCCAUAGGCCUCUGGAUAUGGCUGGGCAAACAGGAACUCGAGAGCAUGCUCUCUGGCCGCCAGCUCCUACCUCCGUGUUUCUGGGGAAGCCUGGGUAGUGCGGAGAAUAGACACGGUGGCAUGCGUGGGCCUGGUCACCUGUCCCUGAUGGGAGCCCCUUGCUCACACCCAGCCCGCCACACCACCUGGCUUGGGAAUCUUGCUCUGGAGUCAGACCAGGGCGCUCAUGCAACUUGUUCUACCGUGGCCUUUGUUAGGUGGGGUCAGGUCAGGAUUGCAGCAGGUAUGACAGGUGCUGGCUUUGCUGUUCUUAUGUGGGUGUUAGAUGCAUCCUGACAAGGCGUGCAGCCGCUUUCCAGGCUCUCGGGUAGGCACAGCAGCGGGCAGCCAGGUGGGGGGUAGGAGGCCUGGGGUGCAGCUGGGACAGGACAGGAGCUCUGCGCUGGGUGCGGUGGGCAGCGGUGCUGCGCCUGCUCUGCGUGCAGUUCUGGGACCCCAGGGCGCUGUGACCCGGCUCCUCUGCCAUCUUCGGGGGAAACACAGCUUCAGCAGUGUACUAACGGUCACUUGAUGUGCGCUGGCUGUUUUAUCCACCUACUAGCAGAUGCCCGGCUGAAGGAGGAGCAGGCCACGUGCCCCAACUGUCGUUGCGAGAUCAGUAAGAGCCUCUGCUGCCGCAACCUGGCCGUGGAGAAGGCCGUGAGCGAGCUGCCCUCCGAGUGUGGCUUCUGCCUGUGCCAGUUCCCCCGCUCCAUCCUGGAGAGGCACCAGAAAGAGGAGUGCCAGGACAGGGUGACACAGUGCAAGUACAAGCGCAUCGGCUGCCCGUGGCAUGGCCCUUUUCACGAGCUGACGGUGCACGAGGCCGCCUGUGCCCACCCAACCAAGACAGGCAACGAGCUGAUGGAGAUCCUGGAUGAGAUGGACCAAAGCCACCGCAAGGAGAUGCAGCUCUACAACAGCAUCUUCAGCCUGCUCAGCUUCGAAAAGAUCGGCUAUACAGAGGUCCAGUUCCGGCCGUACCGCACGGACGACUUCAUCACGCGUCUGUACUAUGAGACGCCUCGGUUCACGGUGCUGAACCAGACGUGGGUCCUGAAGGCACGCGUGAACGACUCGGAGCGCAACCCCAACCUUUCGUGCAAGCGCACCCUCUCCUUCCAGCUCCUGCUCAAGAGCAAGGUCACCGCACCUCUGGAGUGCUCCUUCCUGCUGCUCAAGGGCCCGUACGACGAUGUGAAGAUCAGCCCCGUCAUCUACCACUUCGUGUUCACCAACGAGAGCAACGAGACGGACUACGUACCGCUGCCCAUCGUCGACUCUGUGGAGUGCAACAAGCUGCUGGCCGCCAAGAACAUCAACCUGCGGCUCUUCCUGUUCCAGAUUCAGAAGUAGGCGGCCCUGCCCACGCCCACUGCCGUGGCUGCACCGCACCAUUGCCCAUCUCAGUGGAGAAGGGAUGGAAGCGAACCCUGGGACGUCUGCAUGCGUGUGCGAAGGUGGGAGCCCCCUCGCCCUCUGCCCCACCUCCUCUGUCCUGGGCGCCAGAGGCUGGGCCCCUGAAGAGGAGACACUGCUCGGGGACCCAAGGGGUGUGGCGUGGCUCAGCUGCCUGGCCCCAGCCCCCAGCGUGCAGUGGGCCCCACGCCUGCUCUGGGCUGCAUGGCAGGCCACCCACAGCUCCUGGGCCGGGCUCGGGGGCACUGACCACAGACAGCGUAUUUGAUUGCAAUUAAAAAGGCACCCUUGUUUCCUA